GAUCUUUUAGCGGUGCGGAGAUGGAGGAGGAGGAAGCAGGGCGGGGGAAUAUUCUAGAUCCGGCGGCGGCGGAGUUUUACCCGGCGGCGCCGGCGGCGGCGGGGCAGUACGCCCUCGGACACCCGCAAAUUUACUACGCCUAUCCCCCCGCGGCCGCUCACCCGCCGCCGCCGCCGCCGACGCAGGUGGUGGCGCUCCCGGUGUUCCACCUCCCGCAGCCGCAGCAGAUGGAGGCCGCGGCGGCGACUACGACGCGGGCAGUGGCGCUGAGCAUGGUGCCUCGCCACGUGGGGGAGGGGGAGGUGCGGGCGGCGAUGGAGGCCUUCGGCGGCGUGCGGGCUGUGGAGAUGGGCGCGCUUGCGGCCGAGGGGGUAGUGACCGUUUACUUCUUCGACUUCCGGAGCGCGGAGGCGGUGGUAGCGGAGGUCCGGGAGCAGCACGCUCGGUUAACGAAUGCUGCCGGCUUCGGUUUCGGCGCUCCGCUUUCGGGGAAUUGGUCCGCGCCGUGGUCGUGGCGCUCGCCGGAGCUCGGAAGGGGGACCGUGGCCGGCCACCCAGUCUGGGCUCAGUUCGCCGCCGACGACCCCCAUCAGGGUUGCCUAGUCCUCCUCAAUUCCGACCCGACCGUCUCCUUGCUUUCUCUCAGAGAAAUCUUCGAACCAUUCGGGCUGGUGAAAGAGGUGCGGGAGAUGCCGUCGAAGCCGCAGCACAAGCUGGUGGAGUUCUUCGACACAAGGGAUGCCGCUCGCGCCCUCUCCGGGCUCAACGGGAAAGAGUUCAACGGAAGGCGCCUGCUACUCGAAUUUAGCCGUCACGGCGGCAGGAGUAGCAAUAACCCCCGUAGCUCCGGCCAAGGCCACGGCGUCCACAAUUCUCACUUACUGCCGAGGUACCAGCGCGGCGGCGGUCCUCAGUCGAGCAGAUCGUGGGCGCAAACGAGUUCGAGGUCGUCCUCUUCGGCGGGACAGGAAUCUGCCGCAACAGCCGCUGCCGGUGGCAGAACUGGCGGCGGCGGCGGCGGGAGGAGGAACAAAAGCAGCAGCAGCAGCUACAACCAGCCGUCGUCAUCAUCGUCGUCGUCGAUGACGCCGCCGCCGUCGUCCUCGAAGCAGCCGUCGAGCAGCAGCGGCGGGGGGCGGCGGAAUUGGAAGAGCCGGAACAAGAUCAGCGGGGAGUCGAGGUUCCUAUUUAAGGAAGCGGCGGAACCGGAGGACUCGUCGGAAUCAUCCCUCAGGGAUUCCAGAACCACAGUCAUGAUUAAGAACAUCCCCAACAAGUACAGUCAGAAGCUGCUGUUGAACGUGCUGGACAGCCACUGCAUUCAGUGCAACAAGCAGAUCAUCGAGGAAGGCGAGCAGGAGCAGCCCUACUCCGCCUACGACUUCGUCUACCUCCCCAUCGACUUCAAUAACAAAUGCAACGUCGGGUAUGGAUUCGUGAACUUGACGUCGCCGGAGGCGGCGUUCCGGCUGUACAAGGGGUUUCACUUGCAGCCGUGGGAGGCCUUCAACUCGCGCAAGAUUUGUCAAGUCACUUAUGCUCGAUUGCAGGGGGUGGAGGCGCUGAAGGAGCACUUCAAGAACACCAAGUUCGCGUGCGACAACGAGGAGUACAUGCCGGUGAUCUUCUCGCCGCCGCGCGACGGAAAGCAGCUUACGGAGCCGGUUCCAGUGGUGGUCUCCCGGCCGCCGCCGCCGCCGGCCCGCGGCGGAGCACCAGCGGGCGCCGAGGCGGCGGAGGAGGAAUGCGGCGGCGCGUCGUCCACCGCCACCACCUCGCCGCGCGCCGCGUCCGACGAACACGACGACGACGACGAUGACGUGGACGUCGACGACGGCGGCGGCGGCGACAGGAGCAGCAGCUGCGGCGACGCGACGGGCGUGGAGGCGCUGCAGCUUUCCUGCAAUUAAUCAAAAAAAAAAAACUUAAUGAUCUCUCGAUGCCUGUAAUGAUCAUCAUCUACCUCGAUCGAUCCCCUGUUCGA